AUAGUAUAAAUUUUCAGGAGCACCCUAGCAGAUGCUCUGGCUACAAUAAAACUCUGAAGCUGCUUCGGAGAGGCUUCAACUUCAACUGGUUCCUUGUCUUUCACAAAAACCCUGCGCCUCAAUCUCAAAAUUAUUACAACCAUCUCUAAACUCUAUACAUCAAAUACUCCUCAAAACCUUAAACCCCCGUUACAAAUCCCCGAAUUUCACACACAAACACACAGUGAGAAUGUCAACACUAUCAAACUACAUCAUCGGAGAGCAAGGCUUUCUGAAACAUCGCUUCUUGGGCUUCUUAAUCUGGCAAACAAUCACAUCUCUCUCACUCUACUCUCUCUCCAAACUCACCCUUUUCUCAUUUUUCACUCCUGCCCCUAAACUCACUCCCUCUCUCCUCUCUCUCUUCCUUCUCCUCACUUUUCUCCUCUCUAAUCUCCUCUUCUCGACGGCCCUCCACCUCAUUUGCUCCCCUCAUCAACCCCUUUCUUUCGCUUCGCCUGUCGAGAUGCUUUUCGGGGUUUUUCGAUUGCUGUUCUUGUCUGGUGCUGGGCCUGUUGGGAGUGAGGGGAGGAGGAGAGUUGGGGCUUCUUUAGGGUUCGUGGGGUUUGUGUUUUUUUGUGGGGUUUCGGGUGCCGUGGCGGUGGGGAGUGUUUGUUGGAGCUGUAUGGAGUUUGGUGGGGGGUUUAGGGAAGUUGGGUUUAAGGGGUUUGUUGUUGGAUUGGUUUACGGGUUGGUGUUUGUUUUUAGGAAGAGGUGGAUUAUCGAGUUUCCGAUUGUUCAGCGCCCAUUAUUCUUCAGCUUCAAGAUGGGAAUACCUUCUUCUCUUAGACGAGCUUUGAAGCUUUCAUGCACUGGAUACCUCAUUUCAACUUUUCUUGCAUUCUUUUUACCUAAUGAGUUCAAAAGUAUGGUCACAUUGGGAAAAUUCAUAAAUGAGCAGAUCCUCCUUUUUAUCGGAAUCUUUCUAGUUCUUAUUUGUUGGGAACUAUGUCUUCAUCUACAUCAGGUUCUGCACACGAAGAGAUACUCGUUUGCACCCCCAAAAGGUUCAGCUGCAGCUGAAACAAAUCCUAGUGAACCUCUUCUUGCAGCUCUGGAGGAAAGCCAUGCAAAGACUCUUCUGAAAUACCUGGCUUACCUUGACCUUUAUAUGGUUUGUGAGGGUAAUGCUAAUACGUGGCGCCGUGCUGCCUUUUUUGAAGAAAGUGGUGAAACCUACAAAAGAGUUAUAGCUGUUUGCCUUAAGCCUCUUGAACAACUGGCCGUGGAGUUGGGUGAAUGUGUUGAGACUGAUUCUGCUGAUGCUUUCAAAGUGUCUAGUCAAUUAAAAUCACCGACUGAAAGGGUGGCAGAGUCAAGACUAGAACAAGCAUUUUAUAAUAUCCAGCUAUGUGCAUGGAGCGCUGGAAUUACAGCUUCGUUGACUGUACAUUCACGCAAAGAGGAUCGUUUUGGUGUAGCUCAGCUUACUGAGAGCAAUGCUGCUGUUGUAUCAACUUUAUUAUCUUGCUUAUUAGCUGUUGAACUAUGCAUGGGAAAGAAGACCAGUGUACAUUCUGCACAGUAUUUAACAGGUCCCGCUGGUAUCAAAUGGGCAACUCUUAGCAAUGGAAAGAGAGACCCAGCAGUGAGCACAGUGGGAAAGAGGAAAGGCAGUCCACUGUACUCGAAGGCAUAUGUAAUGGCAGACAUUCUAAGGACAUCAAUAUACCGUAUUGUCUCGGCCUUUCACAAAGAGAUGCUUGAUAGUACCAAGUCCGGACUUCAUGACAAGGACUGGAUCAUAUCCUCAAAGCCUUGUUAUGGAAGCCGUGAACUUCUAUUACAGAAAUUAAAUCUUUUUCUAAAUUUUGAAGGUUAAACGAUGAUACAUUUGCGAAGCAAGAAGAUAUCCUUGUAUUAAAAGGUUUUGGGAAUAUGACCAAGUUGGGUUGAGGCAACAUGAUUGGCGAAAAACAGAGUUGUUACUUUGCUUUUGCUUGAUAAACUACAGUAUGUUAUAGUCCUUUUCAAAGUAAAAUAUAAUAUGCUCUGGUGUUUGGUGUUGCCCUUUUUUUGUAGAAACAUGUUCAUUAUUAUAUCCUUUAGUUGGUCGACGGUUGAUCAAGUAAUGUGCGAUAGAAAGAGAGAUCCUUAUAAGCUGUAUCCUGCCACGAGACAAAGUAUUUUGCCUUGGGGGUCUUGAGGAAACUUCCAUAUUAUUGUUGUUGAAGCACUGGCAGUAAUCUGUGAGGCUGCAGUUGAGGAGUUUUGUAGUCAAGUUGGUGAAUGUUGAAUUGAUUGAGGUUGUCUUGUUUGAUCAUCGAUGUUUUUAAACUUUUGUAUGGAGCAUGAGUUAGAGCAAUGUUUUAUGAUCCUUAUUUUUCUUUA